AACAAUUGUGUUAUCGCUUCAUUUUGUCAUCUCUACUUUGUCUGUCAACUAAUUUUCUUCACAAAACAGACAAAAAAAAAAUGCAGAACUCAAAGGCAAAAAUGGACGAGUUUAAAACAAAAUUUAUGGAUUUGUUACACAAACAGACAAAUCGCCAAUUGAAAAUACCAGCUAUGGGAUUUUCAGACUAUUUUAUACAAACAGUCACAGCAGCAGAGCCAAACAAAGUAGAAUCAUCAAAGAAAUCCCCCGAUAAGACAGAUGAAACAGAUGGCUCGGCGGAGGGAGCUCAAAAAUCCGAUCAGGAAUUAUUGGAAAGUAUUGAGGGCAUCUAUUUUAAACCAGAUAGCAAUGCACAAAUGUAUGAACUUCAGAAAGUUUUAAGCAAUGGUGUUGAUUAUGAGCUAAUUGAAACGACCAUGGUUCAGUUGCGUACCCAACAUAAGGUCUUGUCAAAACAGGUUUUACAAAAUAUUUUGGAACAACGUAGUGCCUGCAAUGUUGAGUUUGCUGCCAUCAAUGAGACACAAAAAGAGCUGGAAGAAUCUCUGUGGACCUGUCGCAAGGCUCGUUCGUACUUAAAUUAUGCCAAACAAAAUUUGACCACCACCAGUCUGGAGAUAUUGGCUUCGUAUCGUAAACGUGAAAUACUGAAAGAGCUGCUGAAUACAUUACAGGCCAUUAAAAAGUUGAAAUCCACUGAUGUUGAAGUACAAAAACUUUUAAGCGAAUGUAAUUAUUCUGGAGCCAUUUCUCUACUACUCACUUGCAAAGAUUCAGCAGCAGAAUUUAUGCAAUACAAUUGUGUGCAGUCUUUAAAUAAAAAACUGCAGGAAACCCUACUACUAACAGAAUUUCAACUGGAUACUGUAUUAAAUGAGAUGAUUCUAAAUUUCGAUAUGCGUAAAUAUGCCAAAUUGCAAGAAGCUUAUAAAUUGCUCAAUAAAUCCUUAAUUGCAAUGGAUCAGCUGCAUAUCAACUUUAUUUCCGCCAUACAUUCCUCCGUUAAUUCCGUUUUGCGUGGCUAUAAUGAUCCCAAUCUAGAUGAAAACAUGAAAAUGCUAUACGAACAGUUGUGCGAACAAGUCGAGGCCGACAAGUACAUACCCUGUUUGAUAAGUUUGUGUAAAACAUUUUGGACUAUAUUGGCUUCCUAUUAUCAAAUUGUUAUAUGGCAUCAAAACUAUAAACUAUAUCCACUCGAUAUGCCCGAAUCACCAGAUAUUUACAUACAGGAGAAAUUGAAAAAGGGUCAAGCACGCAUAUGGAAUGAUAUUUUAACAAAAAUCUGCAUAUUUCUACAAAGUUCCAAGCUAAAAAUGCUAAAAUAUGAUCAUUUCAUACAAGUGCUUUCCAUAAUUCAAAGACUUAAAAAGGUGGGUUUAGAAUUUUGUGGUGAACAUUCGGAGAAGUUGAUUGAAAUCAUGCAAUUGCAAAGUGAGGAAUUCUUUCAACGCUAUCACAGCUCCUGUCUAGAAGAAGUUUGUUUAUUUUUGGAUAAUGAAUCUUGGACGGUGGUGGACUCGUUUGCCAAUAUUCUGCAAUUGCCGUGUUUUUCAUCACAGGAAUUUCGUUCUAUACGUCAUACUUUAAGACGCCAUAAAUCUCCUCCCUUGGCCUUGUUGGUAACUAGUUCAACAUCGGCCAAUAAUUCCCCUACUAGCAACAAUAACUGCGAUGAAUUGGUAUCGGUGCAUUCGCAGGAUGGUGGCAGUUCCAUUUAUGGUUCCUAUGGUUAUUUUUUACGUUUCAGCGAGAAAAGUUCUCCCUUUGAUGGUGGCCUUGAUGUGGCCAUGUUGGAAGAAGACAUUUUAUCCGGCAUAGUUGAUGAGGCUUCCUGUUAUUUUAGCGAAGAGGAAAGUGAUGAUGAUCACAAAAGUUUGCAGAGCAAAGAUUAUGAUGACAGCAACAGUCAACAAUUGAUUGUUAAUAAUACAACAUUGAAUGUGUUUCGCUGCAUUGGUCGCUAUUUACAAAUGUGCAAACUAUUGCAUUGCAUUUCGCCAAAAAUAAUCGCCAGCAUGUUGGAGCUGAUGGAUUUUUAUGCAUUUGCAGUGCAUGAAAUAUUUGCUAAAGAUGCGCCCGUACAAAUGGACAAUUUUUAUUCACACAAAUUGGAGCAAAAACUGGAAUACGUCAAGCAAAACAUUUUGCCAAAUAUAAAAAUCUGGCCGUUGAAUUUUUCAUCGUUGAUUAACAAUGAACUCGCUAAUCCAGACACUUUAUAUGGCCUCUCCCAUCGUAUUGUAGCCGUUGAAAGUGGUCACUGUAUGACCCAGCAAUUCCAAAUUUUACACAACUAUUUAAAUCAUUUAUUACCAGUCCAAGACAGAAGCAUGCUUAGUUCUUAUUUAGAUUACAUAGACUUUAUGUCUGAUGUAGCUCGGCCUGUUUACACUUGUGUAACAUCCAGAAUUUUCGAUUUACCCGCCAUUUUGGCCAUGAUAGCUAAAGUUAAAUGGGAUGUUAAUCAUGUGAGCUUUCAACACAAUGCCUAUAUUGAUAUAAUGAAUAGGAACAUACAACAUUUUGCUAUGCGUUUAGAAGAAAUUGCCAAAGAAGUCACUAUACCAGCAGAUCCUGUUUGGCAGUCUAUGGCUCAUGUGGCAACACAUCUAUUGGUAGAAGGUUUCUCGAAUGUUAAAAAAUGUUCGGCCGGCGGACGAGCUCUCAUGCAAUUGGAUUUCACCAAUUUUAUGUCCAUACUCGAAUUAAUUUCGAAUCAAAAAUAUACCGAAUAUCGUACAUAUGUGGAUAUAUUCAUUAAGGCCUACUAUUUCUCGAAUGAACAGCUGGAAGAGUGGAUAAUGGAACAAAAGAAUUUAGAAAUACCGCAAUAUUCGAAUAAACAAUUAAUGAAUCUCAUACAGUGUGUGUGUGUAAGUGAUAAGAGGAUACGGCAAAAACUACUCAAUUUAUUGGGCAGCAAUAGUAAUGGAGGUGUUAAUUUAAAUACAAGUACAACUGCCACAUAGCUGAGCACAAAUAUGUAAUAAUAAUAAUAAUUUACAAGUCGACGAGAUGUAAUGUAAAGUAUAGAAGUAGUAGUAGUAGUAGAUAAUAGUUUGAAAUGUAAGUAAUUGUUUUGAAAUUUAUUAUUAUUUUAAGAUUAUUUCUCAUUGAAAUUGGAGAACGAUAAACAAAACAUAAUUUGUAUAUUAUUGUUAAAUUAUUAUUUUUUGAUUAAUAUAUACAAAUUAGGAGGUUUUAAACAGAGAUGUAAUGUAAUUAAGAAAUUGCACAGUUGACAUAGUUUUUUAUAUAAAAAAAAAUAUUGUUCAGUGGGUGAUUUCUUUAGCGACACAAUUAAUUACGACUUAUAUAUAAGGAGAAUAUAUAUGAUAACUUCCGCUUAAGGAAAUUUGCUCAUGCCCAGAGCUAUAGUGUCCAAACUAAAUUCUAAAAUUACAUCUCUUGUUUUUAAAGAAACCCUUUGUUACCUAAUGAAAUUUAUCAUUCCAUGUGUAUUAUAUAUUUUUUAUUAUUGUAUUUUUUAUAUUUUAUUACUUUUCAUUUGAAUUGAAUCUUUCAAAACAGGAGGGUUAUUGUGUAAUUCGAUCAAAAAUAAUCCCCCCGAUCUCUAUUUUUGUAAAAAAUGAAAACCUUUUUUCAAAAACAAAAUCUCUUAUACUUUUGCUUAAUUUAUUGAGUACUAAAUGAAUCUCUCUCCCUUAAUUUUGGCUCUCUUAUACAAAAUCUACUUAAUAUUUUAUUCCUUUUACACAUUUUUUUUAUUUAUAUUUAUAAUAUUAAUGUUAUAUUUUUUGCUAUAUUUUAUGUAUUUUAUAUAAAUAUUUAUUUUUUUUAUACAUAUAUGUCUUCAUGUACCUUAUGAAUAUGUUUAUUAUGUUAUAUUGUAUUUUUUUUUAUUAAAUAAAACUAAAACGGACAAAUAAUAUUUAACACAACUUAUAAGUAAUAUUUUAAACAUAUUAUUAAUAUAUAAAGAUUUUCAUUAACAAACUAAUUUGCAAACUACCGAACAAUAUAAAUUAAAACUACACAGUGUAUUUAACAUAAAAAACAUUUAAUAAAUAAAAAGACAUCAACUAAUAUAAUAUACACAAAUAUUAAUUAUAAAGAAAAACAAAAUACAUAUAUAUUUACAAGAAAAACACACCCAGAAAAAUAAAAUUAAUAAAAAGAAAUGCUUGAAUUUUAGGUUUAAAAAGAAACCUUGAAAAAUA